AUGGACGCCCCGGAGCCUGAUACCCCCUUCUCUGCGGUCACAGCGCAAACUACAAAGUAUGGACGGAUGUUCCAAGCAUACCUAGACAAGUCAACGCCAUACACCACAUACCGAUGGGGAGGAACAGGAGUCCUCUUCCUGCUCUUUGGUCUGCGCAUAUUCCUCGCUCAGGGAUGGUACAUUGUUGCCUACUCUCUUGGCAUCUACCUCCUGAACCUCUUCCUCGCCUUCCUCUCUCCCAAAUUCGAUCCAGCGCUCGAACAAGAUGAGGGCAUGGAAGACGGCAAUGCCUCUGGCCUUCCUACAAAAGAGGAUCAAGAAUUCCGCCCAUUCGUCCGCAGACUGCCCGAGUUCAAGUUCUGGUACUCGACCACAAAGGCCAUUUCCAUCGGCUUCUUCUGCAGCUGGUUCGAGAUCUUCAACCUGCCCGUCUUCUGGCCCGUCUUAGUCGUUUACUGGCUGAUUCUCUUUGGCCUGACCAUGCGACGACAAAUCCAGCACAUGAUUAAAUACCGCUACGUCCCCUUCACUGUCGGAAAGGCGCGUUACUCGGGUGCUUCCAACUAA